UUGCGGCGUAACGUCUGACGUCAUAGACACGCGUCGGCAGAAACGGGACACAAACGUGGAGCAAAAGGAUCGACUAAGCGUGAUAUUUGUGUGUUAAUCCUCUUUUGGGCGCGAUAUGGAUGACGAGGAAGAGACUUACAGACUAUGGAAAAUUAGAAAAACUAUAAUGCAGCUUUGUCACGAUCGCGGUUAUUUGGUGACGCAAGAUGAACUGGAUCAGACUCUCGAGGAGUUCAGAAGCCAGUUUGGAGACAAACCCAGCGAAGGUCGACCACGACGAACCGAUCUCACGGUCCUGGUCGCCCACAACGACGACCCGACCGACCAGAUGUUUGUGUUCUUCCCUGAGGAACCAAAGGUUGGCAUCAAAACCAUAAAGAUGUAUUGCCAGCGUAUGCAAGAAGAAAACAUCACCCGGGCCAUCAUUGUAGUCCAGAUGGGCAUGACGCCCUCCGCCAAACAGUCUCUGGUAGACAUGGCACCGAAGUACAUACUUGAGCAAUUUCUUCAGCAGGAACUUCUAAUCAACAUUACCGAACACGAGCUUGUUCCAGAGCACAUAGUCAUGACUAAAGAGGAAGUGACCGAGUUGCUGGCACGGUAUAAACUAAAGGAAAGCCAGCUUCCCAGAAUUCAAGCUGGGGAUCCUGUUGCCCGUUACUUCGGCUUGAAGAGAGGCCAGGUUGUUAAGAUCAUCAGACCGAGUGAAACUGCUGGACGGUACAUCACAUACAGACUGGUCCAGUGAUCCCGAGCAAGUUUGAAGUUUUCUCCAACUUCUGAAAGUGAACAUGGU